UAAUCAGUCAAAAUUUAUGCGUUGUGCUCGAUUCGGCAUUGAUGUCAAAUCGGAGCAAAGGACAAACUUGUCAUACCUGAAAUAGAAGUGAACGCUACUGAAAUGGUAGCGAUUCGAUCAAUCAAGGGCUUCCUGUUUGUUCUAAUACUUGCUGUUACUUCUACGAUCUUAACACCGCUUUUUUUGGGUCCUACACUGAUACUAUUGUGGCUCAAACCAAGAUGGUUUCGUUUCAUCAACGACAGUUUAGUCACCGUUUGGCUCGGUUUGCCUGUGGUAAUGCUGGAGUAUAUGUUAGACGUGAAAAUUAUUUUGACUGGUGAAAAACCAGCGAGGUACGAGAAUUCCAUAAUCAUCAUGAACCACAGAUGCCGUUUGGAUUGGAUGUUCUUUUGGUGCGUGAUGGCGCGAUCUGGCGAGUUAGCGCUGAGAAAUGAGAAGAUCAUGAUGAAAAGAGAAUUGAAAUAUAUUCCUGGCCCAGGGUGGGCCAUGCAGAAUGCGCUCUAUAUUUUCUUGUAUCGACGUUGGGAGAAGGACGAGAGCUACCUGAAUUCGUUACUCAGAUAUUUUGUGAGUUCACCAGAUAAAUUACAUCUUCUUAUGUUUCCCGAGGGUACUAACUUCGAAGAGAUAACAAAAACCUGGAGUGAUAAUUAUGCCAAGAAGAAUGACCUUCCACUUUACGACUAUGUUUUGCAUCCUCGCGUGCGUGGAUUCACUCACUGCGUAGAAAAACUUCGACAAGGGAAUAAAAUAGAUGCUAUUUACGAUGUGACAGUGGGUUAUUCUGAAAAUUAUUGCUUCGAGGAACUAGAUAUAAUAAAAGGAAAGAUACCAGAUGAAAUUCACUUUCACAUUCAGAGAUUUUCCAUCGAUGAACUGCCGGUUGAUUCGCAAGGUCUCGAGCAUUGGUGCAGCAAACGAUGGAGUGAAAAAGAAGAAAGACUAUCAAAAUUUUACAGCCAAGAUGAAAAACAUUUUACUCCCGUUGUUGAGUCGGUAAUUGUAGAUAACAACGAGGAGGAAGCAGUGAGAGUUUUCUACAAGUUUGAGUUAGUUUUUUGGGUGCUUUCAAGUAGUUGCGUUUGUCUUCUUCUGGCCGCGUCGUCAGUGUUGAGAUGGUGCUUACCUUUUUUUGGAAUUGUGUUUUUUGUUCUAACUCUAUGUGGUGGAACAGACAAAAUAUUUCUCUCUCAAAAUAUUUCUCUAGAUGCUUCUUAA